CAGACGAUCAGUACGUCACGAUCUUCACAUAUAAACCUGAAGUGAAUGUUAUUCGUUACAUUAAGUUUAUGUCAAAUAGAGAAUUCAUCAUGAUGUAUUUCCUGGUUGUUUGUUGUCUCUUGGGACUUUCCUCUGCUGCACAGAUAAAUUUUAAACCAUACAAUGAGACCGCCAUGAGUAUGUUUUUAACAUCGGAUACUGACCAUGACAACUGCUUCGAAAGAAAUGAGCUGGAUCACGUGUUUGUUGUUUACGAUACUGAUGGUAGUGGAACUGUAAGCCGACACGAGUACACUGUUCACAUUACUCAGACUAAUCCUGAACUUCAUGAUUUUGCUCACGUUUUAUAUAAUGACUAUGAUUUAGAUGGUGACCACCACUUAGAAAAACAUGAUUACGAUGCUUACUUUGCAAAGCUGGAUGCAGAUAGUGACGGCUGUGUUACUCCUGAUGAAUUCGUAAAAUACUGGACUGUGAUAUUUGUUGCCAACGAACAUUUGCAUGGUCAUGGAGGUGGACAUGGAAAAUAAUUUAAAAUCAACAAAUAAUAAUAAAAUGAUAAAAAAAGACA